CAAAAAAACGAACUGCUCGUGAAAAUGUCGGGUCGCGGAAAUUUGCUUAAUUUAUUUAGUAAAAGAACUCGCUCUUCGGAAAUUUCUUCAUCUAGUGAAGAUCAUGAAAAUGACAGCGGGUUUGAUGUUGCACACUCUGCUUCAAGUGGAGAAAUUCAUCGACAUUCUGAGAAGAUCAUUGAAAGCGAUUUAUUAAAAACUGUUCAAAACUUAGACAUAUCCGUCGGUCGUGGACGAGCACAGUUAAUACAACAUUUUAAAAGUAAUGACACUAAAUUGGGAGGAAGUAAUGAUGAGACUUCUUGCUCCAUUCGUUCGAAAGACACAAAUAAUGACGACGAAUCAACCUCUAGCUUGGAAAAUUUGAAACUAAAAAACUUUGGAACGAACAUAGUUCAUGGUUCUAAAGGUUCCUCUGUUAUGUUAUCAUGUAACUACAUUGAACUAAAAACUGACCAAAAUAAGGGAGUGUAUCAUUAUGAAGUAAGAUUUCUCCCCGCUGUGGACUCGGUUCAUUUAAGAGUUAAAUAUUUAAAUGAACAUAUGGAUAAGCUUGGAGGAACAAAAACUUUCGAUGGCAAUACUUUGUAUUUACCAAUUUUAUUAGAAAACCAGAUGACCGUUUUUGGUUCCAAAACCAUGGAUACGGAGGUAGAGAUUCGAAUUUUGUUUAAAAAAAAGGAGCCUUACAAGAAUUGCUUACACUUGUAUAACAUUUUAUUUGAUCGUAUUAUGAAAACAUUAAAUUAUGUUAGAUUCGAUCGGAAACAGUACGAUCCCACAAGUCCCAAAGUUAUCCCGCUGGCAAAGUUAGAAGUUUGGCCGGGAUAUGUAACAGCUGUUGAUGAAUUGGAAGGAGGCUUAAUGCUCUGCUGUGACGUAUCUCAUCGUAUUCUUUGUCAGAAAACCGUCUUGGAUAUGCUAAUCGAAAUAUACCAACAAAACGCAAGAAGUUAUCAAGAACUUGCUAAAAAAACAUUAAUUGGAAAUAUUGUUUUAACAAGAUAUAAUAAUCGAACUUAUAAAAUAAGCGAAGUUUGUUUCGAUCAAAGUCCUCAAUCUGUAUUUUACAGAAAAAACGAACCUACGAGUUACUUGCAAUAUUAUAAGCAAUACCAUAAUAUAAACAUUAAAGACAUUAAUCAACCAUUACUUGUGAGCAUAAAAAAGACACGAGGAACUCCAGAGGAUGCAGAAAACAUAGAAUUUCGCUUAAUUCCUGAACUCUGUUAUCUCACAGGGCUGCGCGAUGAAGUUCGUUCUGAUAAUAAACUUAUGCGUGAAAUCGCUACAUAUACAAGAGUCACUCCAAAUCAAAGGAAACUAGCACUCGACAAGUUCUAUGAUAAUGUUACCAACACUCCAGCGGCACGAGAAAUUCUUGACCGUUGGGGACUCGCGCUUUCCAGAAACUACAACAAUCUGAAAGGGCGUCAGUUUGAUCCGGAACAAAUUUACUUUGCCAAUAAAGCUGUUUCUGCCGGACAAAAUGCUGAGUUUUCCAAAGAUGCUGUUAAAAAUGAAAUGCUAGAUGUCAUUCACCUGAACAAUUGGAUAAUAAUACAUUUUAAAAAUGAUUUCCGAGCCGCUAUGUCGUUACUAGAUAAUAUGAAACAGUGUUGCCGGCCACUCGGAAUGAAUAUUUCUAAACCGACGAUAAUUUCAUUAGAUCAAGAUCGUAUUGAUGCUUUUAUCGACGCUUUACGUCGGAAUAUCUCAAAAGAAACACAAAUUGUUGUCUGUAUAUGCCCGAAUAGUAGAGAUGAUAGAUAUGCUGCCAUAAAAAAGAUUUGCUGCUCAGAGUUACCUGUACCAUCACAAGUUAUAAAUGCAAGGACAUUAGCUAAUGAGUCAAAAAAUCGAUCUAUUGUCCAGAAAGUUGUAUUACAAAUGAACUGCAAAAUGGGAGGUUCGUUAUGGACGGUAAAAAUUCCAUUUAAAAAUGUAAUGAUUUGUGGCAUUGAUUCGUAUCACGACCCUUCUAAUAAGGGAAAUUCUGUUGCUGCUUUUGUUGCAUCACUUAACGCUUCAUAUACACAGUGGUAUAGCAAAGCUGUCGUACAAACAAAGAAUGAGGAAAUUGUUAAUGGCUUAACUUCAUCCUUUGAAGCGGCUCUGAAAAUAUAUGAAAAGCGAAAUGGCUGUCCUCCAGAUAACGUAAUUAUUUACAGAGAUGGCGUUGGUGAUGGUCAACUCAGUACGUGCUCUAGAUACGAAAUUCCGCAAUUUGCAGCUCUUGGCGGUGGUCGUAUAAAAAUUACAUUUAUCGUAGUUCAAAAACGCAUUAAUACUCGUAUUUUUUCGGGAAGUGGAAAUCAAUUUGGGAAUCCUAUGCCCGGAACCUUAGUUGAUAAACACAUAACUAGAGCGUAUAUGUAUGAUUUUUUUUUGGUUUCCCAAAUGGUUCGACAGGGUACAGUCACCCCAACUCAUUUUGUCGUAUUACAAGAUGAUGCUAAAUAUGGACCGGAUAUAAUUCAAAAACUAAGCUAUAAGCUGUGUUUCUUAUAUUAUAAUUGGGCCGGAACUGUCAGGAUUCCGGCGUGUUGUAUGUAUGCUCAUAAGUUGGCGUACCUAGUUGGACAAAGUAUUCAGAGGAAUGUGGCAGAUACCUUAUCGGAGAAACUGUUUUAUUUAUAAAUGGUCGUAAACAUUAAAAAGUAAUAAGUAUUAAGUAAAUAAGUAAAAUGUAAU